AUACGCACGCACUUAAAAAAUAGCUGCUGCUCACCGCAACUAGCACCACGUUUCACUUGUUUGAAUUCAUCGAAGUGAUUUUCUGGUGUUACGAAAUUGCAUGGAAUAGAUAACCUAAUUUUGGUUAAAGUCAUUGUAUCAACGAAACAGCAUAAAGACGCAGACAGAUAAAUUGGCGAAUUUACUAAAACAAGAAAAAAAUGGUUAUGAUUUGUGUGCUAAGUUCGCAUAAAAUUUGAUGAUUUUGCAAUAUUGUGAUUAUUUAUUAUGAGAUCGUGAUGGGUGUUCAUAAGAAAAGUGCGUCUAAAUGUAAAUUUAUUACUUUUAUCAAUAAGAGAAAAUCGUAAAAUUCGUGCGAAAUUCGAAAACCCGCUUAUUCAAGUGUAGAUACGGUUCAAUAAAAUGCGAGAGUUUCCAGUAACUGUAUCAUCGCAUGUGUAUCACAUAAAUUCAAGCGCAUCGAAUUUAUUUGACGAUGAUGAAAGAAAAUUGCCCACAAUCGAAUCCGAUAUAAAUUGUGCUCGUUUUCAUCAAAAAGCGACCGCACAACAACAGCAACAACAAUGCAAUAACAACAAAAAUACCGCCAAUUAUAUUUGUACAUCAAAUGGUGAUCUAACGUCCUUGCAAAGUGGCCGUUUGCAGAACUUUAGCAACAUAAAUAACAUUCGUAACAAUAAUUGCAAUCGUUCGCAUAAAAUCGCUGUAAAAAGUGGCAAUGAUAAGAAUGGAGAGUUAUUAGGUGAACGUGAGAGAGGCGAUAAUAUUGACGGCAAUCGUGCAACCAACAGUGGAAAUGCGUCUUAUUCGAUAUUCGAUGCAAUCACAAAUGCUGUUACAACCGGACAUUGUGCGAACACAAUUUAUCCAAGCAAUGAUCAAAAUGACGCUGAUUUUGAUCAAAUCAAUCUUGAUCCAAUGCCCACAUCAACAUCCAUGCAUAAUUUGAAAAAUACGUCGAUGCACAUGAACAAUGAAUGUGGACAAUUUCAACAUUACAAUCAACAUUUCAACACAACUCGAACGCAUCAAUUUCCUUCAGCAAACUACAAACAUAGUUAUUUAUUAUGGAUUGGAACACCUGUAGCAGCCAGUUUUGCCGUCGCAAUAAUGGUCGCCUCUCUCGCCGGACCACAGUGGUUGUUAACAGAGGAAAAAAUUCGCAAUCCGAACUUCAAUGGAACUAUCAACUACAACAAUGCUGCCAUAGAUGACGGAAUGUACAUUUUAAAGACUACAAAAUCAAGUUUGUGGAUAUUAUGUUUCGCUCAAGGUGUGGAAUAUCAAUGUUCAAAAAUUGAUUAUUUUCCAAAAGAUGAAUACAGUCCUGAUCCCAACGAUUCAACAUUGGCCAUUCCUUACGCUGUAAUAAAAUCAACGCCAUUUUUUCUCAUAUCCGGAUUUAUUUUAGUUGUGAGCUACCUCAUACUAAUGGUAGCAAUGUGCUCACAAAAGCACAGCGUUCUCUUUUUCUUUUCCGGUAUUUUCUUCAUCAUUGCAGGCUUGACAAUGCUAAUUGGACUCAUCAUGUAUAUAAGCAUGUUUAAAUCGGAGAUCGGAUCAAAAUUGCGGCCAAUAUCGAUGUUUCAGCCACCUUUAUUCACUUAUAGAUACGGCCAUAGUUUUAUUUUGUUUGUAAUCGGAUGUAUAUCAGCUGAAAUUGUUGGAACAUUGAAUUUUUUUCUCUUCAUACAAAUACGUGAGAUUGGACGCGAAAAGGCGAUUCCGUGCUUCAUGAUGUACGCUGGCACAUCGAAAGAGAAGACAGACGAAAAACGAAUUAAUCCAAUCGCACAGGAAUUUAAAAUGCCACCGCCUUUUAAAUGUCAAAAACAUCCGACUGUUCCAAACGUGUUUUUCUCACCAAAUUCACAGCGUCGAUAUUUUUUUGAAAAGCCCACUCAAAAAUGCGACACAUCACAGAAAAAUUUGGCAAAAAGCUUGAAUGAAUUAUAUACGGAACCAGCGCCGAAUACAUUAUUUCCAUAUGAGCUACCGCAUGAAUUUCCAUUAACACGUAGUGUUAGUACGACAACCGACAUAUUUUCCAAUUGUUCUGGCGGUUUCGCUUCUGCAAACACUAAUUCAAAUAAGUCGCUUCGCAUGUACACGCCGCAGUUGAAUAAACGGGCAAUGAAUCGACAUCAUCAACAGCAGCAGCAGCACCAACAACAGCAGCAACAUCUGCAGCAAUCGGAAUAUUCCAUGCAAAAUCAUAACUAUAAAUCAAUUUCAAGGGAUGGUUCGCGAGAUAGUUUGAAUGAUACAGGCGUCGUGAAUAAAGGAAUUCUGACGAACCGUGAAAAAUCCAAAGAUGAGUUGUUUCUUGAAUUUUGCCGAAAAGCAGGUCAAAGACCGAAGCCAAAAGAUAUUUAUUUCAUAGAUACAUACGAGGGGCCGACCGAAAAUGAUGUCUUUGUUGUGGAUAAUUAUGCAACAAAUCGAAAAAAUCAUCGCAAUUCAAAUGUAAGCGGAACGCAAAAGCCAACAAAUGUCUAUAAUUCAAAUCAAUCAUUGAAAGAAUCAAACAAUAUUGCUGGCGGCAAGAAAACCUAUCUGCCAAACAAUUUAUUCGAUUCGAACAAUUUUGGUGGUAGCAGUGAACGGACGGCCGCAUUUCUAAAUGCCACACGUGACACGAAUUAUCUUUCGCACAGUCGAAGUAAUUCACGCGAUUCAAAUUUAUACACUAGUCGAACACUGCCACGAGAUUUUCUUAAGAAAAACAUUGACUACGAUUUAGAUGAGUUUUGUAAUCGGCGCAUAUCAGCUAAUGGAAUCUAUACGCCAUAUAAUAUAAGUAUGACAUUACCGUCAACCGAAACCAUGACCAUUUCAGCACCAAAGGAAUUCACCGAUCCCACCAACGAUUUUUAUAAAAAAUCAUAUGAUACGCUUGCUUCGCGAAACAGUCGCCAACGUGACGCGUAUACAGGAAGCGAAGACACUUUGGCUGUAAAAUGGCCAAAUUUUAUACCAGGCUCACCAGCAAGUUUCUCUAAUCGUUUUAAUUAUAAUGCCACUCCAGUCAUCGCGAACGUCACAUCAUUUUCGCCAAAUAAAGAAAGGAAAUCGGCUCAAAUGUCCACAUUUUAUUCACAACAUUUUCCACAUCAAAUUAAACAACAACCACCUGUUAAUAAAAUAACAUACUUUCCGCAUGAACGCAAUACAAACGAAAUAAAUGCCCAAUCACGAUUUAGUGAUAAUAUUGAAUAUGGGAAUGGCACACAAAACAGUAAUGAAAAUAGCCAGUCCAGUGGUGGCAGCGAUGAGUGUUCCACAUUUGAUUUGGAUCGUAUCGAACGCGAACGCCGAAAAUCACAUGCCAGUUUAUUUGAAGUCGAUUUUACAAAUGGCACACCAGUAUAAAAUCGAUUCGAUCGAUUUUGCUUUUGAACAAUAUAUUUUUAAAGUAAUUAUGCGCACAUGGUAAUCACGUUCCCCAUUUUUGUACUUGUACCGUUUGAUUAGAUGGUAAAAUUUAAUUGCGUAUGUUAAAUAUAAUUGCCGAACUCGCACAAAAUUUGUAGAAUAGCACACAAAAAAGCAUUCGUGGCGAAUUUUAUUGAGAUUGCCAAUGCAUUUGUUUCUCAAUGGAAAAGCACUGAAGAGGUUUUAAGUCUGUGUAUCGUGCACUCGAUUCCCAGAUAUAAUGAUAUGGUUUUUUUUUUCUAAAUAAAUAAAGAAAUACCCGGCAAUAUUAAUUAUAUUAAAAGCAACACUGAAUACAGGGCAAAUUGAUUUGUAUGUUUAUAAUAAUAUAUUC